UGUGCAUUACUAUGUAUACAGUGCAAUAUAUCAAGUGUAAGGAUUUUUAAAUGACUCGUGCUGCAUUCGCAUCUCAGUAACGUAGUUUUGCACCAGACGUGGGACUUUAUUAUUUGCUGAAAAAUGUUGCUUUUAUGAAAUCAAAUUUGAAAUGCAUCAUGGGUUUUCAAACAAACACCAUGGCUGCAUAGUAUUGGUCAGAUCAAAUGUAGUUUACUUGUCCGGGCUUGUACCACAGCGAAUAUUUAAACCCAUGCAAAUCCCACCCUUUUUCACAGACUCGAAAAUAUGGAUGACAAUGCCAUGGAACUUGUAGCGUUGAGACGGUUGGAUAUAUGUAAGGUGUAACAGAGGUGAAAAACAACUAUAGUAAUCAUCUUCAAAUCCCGUUCGUCAGUCCUGAUUGUAAGACACACCUGUCAGAAAAAAACAAGGAUACAACAAUAGCAGCACAGCCAUGGGAAAGGAGGAGUGCAAGACACUGCUGGAUGCAUUGAACAAAGUGACCGCCUGUUACAGGCACUUGGUCGCCACCGUUGGAGGAACCUCCGAUUCACAGAAUUUAAGGGAAGAACUGAAGAAAACGAGGAAAAAGGCUCAGGAACUCGCGGUAGCCAACAGAAACAAGCUGACUACCUUAUUACGAGACAAAACGAUUAGCAAAGAAGACAGAGCCGAGUACGAGAGGCUAUGGGUCAUAUUUUCCACAUGCGUGGAAUUUCUAGAGGUCGAUAUGAAAAAAGCUUUGGAAAUUGGCCAGGAGUUCCCGUUAAAUGUUCCCAAAAGGUACCUGAUCCAGUCUGGGAUGAGCGGCGGGACCUCUGCGGUGGCUGCGCGGGCUGUGAGUGCCCAAAAUAUAAAAUACGAGGCGGACAAUAAUUUCGAUGUGGCCGAUUUAAAAGAGUUGGAAAACGAGAUUAACCAGGUCGGAGAAAUGAUGAUGGAAAUGCAAAUGAAGGUUAACGUUGCAAGCUGGACAGUUGAGGCUAAACAAGACCCCGGUGCAGAGUUGAAGUCGACCAUAAGUGUGGGAGCUUCUUCUGUCGGUAUGAUUUCUGUCAACGAGGAAACCAAAUCGGCUUGUGACCCGACCAAAGUUUUGGCUGGGGUGAUAGGCUGUGCUUUUUUACUUAUUGCAGUUAUUUUAGCUGUAUUAGUUAUAAAACUGUCUUGAAUUUUUUUUUUUAAUGAAGUACUCGUGAACCUCGGUCGUGUUUAAAAUGUAUCCAGUGCUUUCACCUCCAAGACUUGAUUCCAGUUGCUACACAUAGAACUCCACAAUCCCUUCUAUUUGAUACAUUUUAGGUGGAUGACUGAUGCUCUUAUUUGAGAAGUAUGACCAGGUAACUGUGGCUUAAGUGAAAUUGUAAGCAGAUGCGAUGUGCUGCCAAUCUGUCCGAAUAGUUGUGUUCCCUUUUUACUAUAACAAAUGGUUAGCAAACGGAUACAGGGUGGAUAAUCAAUAAAAUCGUGCAAUAUAUAAGUGAAAUAUAUUGAAGACAAUUGAUAACACCGCUGAAACUGCUCAAGUGUUUUCUAAUUAUUUAUUAUUAUUUAUAUUAUUUGACAGACGCCUUUAUCCAAGGCGACUUGCAAGUGAAAUACAUAUUAGAAAUAAUAUUAUUGUUGCUAACUGUUCACGAGACCUGAUUCAAGCAAAUAGCUGAUAUGCACUAACAUUCGUUUUUUUAUAACCUAUCCUAGUAUCCUAGUAUUAUCACCAGGGAUUAGACCUUGGCUUAUGUAUUAUACCUGGGUGACGUUUCUCUCUACUAAAUCAUUCUCAUUCACAUAAAUAGAUGUUUUCUAAUGUAAUCAGUACUGGAUAUUACACCGCACUGUUUCAGUGUGCUUUUCUUAGUAACAGGCUUAGCAUGGAAAUGCCAUUUAAAUCGUUCCACUGUUUCGAUCAGUAGCAGGAGCAUAUGACACACACUCGAGAAUGACUUAAUAUUCCUUCUACAUUGUUUACGAAUGAAUAAAGUCAUGUAUUUAUAUGGGAAUAUUACAUUGAAUGUGGCCAUUAACGAAAAGAGUUGUAUGAACAUUUUUUAAAUAUAUAUAUUCCUGUUUUUAAAUAGUGUAGGACUAUAUACAGUGCCGUAUUUAUGAUAAUAAACUAUGUUUUAAAUGAUAACAUACUGGGGUUUAGUUCGUUUUUUAUUUUAUGUCAUACAAACUGCAUUAGAACUGCAUUAAGAAGUGUUACUUUUGGCAAAUUAUUGCAAGUUGACAGUACAUCUUUUAAAUAGCGACAAAUAUAAAUAACCUAUUAUAGCAGUAAUAUAUUUCUAAUAGCUCGAAUGUGUCUCUUUAAUGUGUUUUAGUCUGUACUGUAUAAAGCAUAUCUAAUAAUAUUUAUAUGUCAUUAAUAAAUGGAUAAGACAAAGAAACAUAGACAUGUGUUUAUUUGUCUUGCCGUCCGACUGUAGAAUAUCUUCAAAUGUAUUUCAAAUUGAAAAGAUAAAAGUUACUCAGCGGAGAAACUAAGAUAGCUAAUAAUGUUUUUAAUCGUUGAUAGUAUUAGAACCCCCUACUGUUUACGUCACUAUAGGGCAGUGUGUAACUGCCUCCUGGAAAUGCAUUUACCAGGGAAUUGGGAAGCAGUGGAUGCGCAAUCCCACGCGUUUACAUUAUAUAUACAAAAUAGCUUAUCCAAUUUUGAGGAAACUUGCUAAGAACAUUAUUUACGUUUUUGACAGUAUUGUACUCUGCGGUGUGUGGAAGUGUGCUGCCUGUCAGUUUUGUACGAAAUAUUAUUGGUAAAAGUGUUUGUAAAAUCGAAAAUUUUCUAAACGCAGUAACUCUUUGAAACAUAAUUGCGCACUUUUUUUUUGCUCACAUUUGUUUCAUAAUGCUGUGCAUCUUAGUUGGAUGACCAAAGCUGUUGGCAUUAUAAUGUUUUAUAUCUGAGUUCAUAAUUUACAACAACGAUUGCUGUUUGUUCCAUUGUUUCUGGAUGGCAAUGUUACAUGAGGUUUAAUAAUGCGGGAAGGGGUUGAGCUCCAUUGUAACAACUUACAUUAAAUUCACUCUUGCUGCACCUAUGCUGUAUUUUAGCUAUGGGAACCAGUAGAGGACAGAUGGAAGUUGCUUCUCUUAGCAUUACUGACCUGGCUCACUAUCCCGACACUAACAAGUGACAAAGGCAGUCCCUGCGGUCUCCUCUACAUUUAACAUAGAAUACGCUCUUACCGGGUGAUUCCAAAUAACUGCUUAGAGCUGAUGACUAGAGCAACCUAACUUCCCUGAAGGGAUAUCCCUAAUUUAAACACCUUACAGUCUCAUUACGUCAAUCAGUGCUCUCCAAUUGACAGGGUUUUGGCAGGUGAGCUUUUGGUCCAGCUGCAAUCGUAUUCAUUUGGAAGCUCAAACAGUCCACCUCCUCUACAAUUUGAAGACAGAUUGUGGAUACAGACAUUUUACAAAGGGAUUCAAACCAAUUGUAUUGGUUAUAUUGAAGAAAGAAAAAAAAGAGACAGAAAUCUUGUCAUACAGUUCUGGUACGAUUAUGACCCCUAACCCAGAAGCCACUACAUAAAAAGCAAGUUUAAAGUUGGAUUGCGAUCCUUUAUAUGCUUU